GACCUGCAGCAGAUCCUACUCAGCCCAAUCUAAAUAUUACUCAACAGGAAAAUCUUGUAGAUAGUGAAAUGACCACUCCUAUUACCAAAUUAGAAAAUACACAAACUAACAACAAAAUAGAAACUAACACAGCCUCAACUAUAUCUGCACAUCAAAAAAGUUUUAAUACAUAUUCAUACAGUCAAAUAACCAAACAAAAUCUGAUUAACAACACAAUGCAAAUAAAUGAGGAUCCAACCCAAAAAUAG